AGACAUCUUCUUCUGAGCCUAGUGGCGAGGAGUCUUCUUCUUCUUCUGAGCUUAGUGGUGAGGAGGAGGAGCCUCUUAUUCUGCAGGAGGAGAUUGAUGCUGCUGAUGUUGUGCCAGAUGUGGUGCCAGAGGGCGGUGCAGAGGGCGGUGCGGAUGACGACCUCAUCCAGAGGGUGGCACCGUUUCCCGGGGGGCCUGAGGAUCUGUCGCUUCUUGCGCAUUAUCCUGACCACAAGGCUCCUUGGACGUGGCAGGCACUUCUUCGCACAGACCCGCGGUACGUGGACCGUCGGACAUUGAGGGUGGCCACUGUUGGGGGGAAGGUAUGGAACCUCCCCUGUGAUGGCGAUUCAGAGGCCCACACACAUGUGCGACAGCUGCUGCAGCAGACGGGUUUGUAUCACCUGCCUUGGUGCGGGUUACCGGAGACAGACCCAGCUGUCGUACUGGCCCUUGUUGAGAGAUGACAUGAGGAGACGAGUAGCUUCCACAUGCCAUUCGGGGAGAUGACUAUCACCCUGGACGAUGUGUCUGCUCUUCUCCAUCUUCCCACAGGGUCGAGGUUCUACACUCCGGGCAGAGGGGAGCGAGACGAGGUUGCAGCGCUCUACGCCCAGCUCCUGGGAGGAUCUGUUGCUGCUUAUCUGGCUGAGUUUGAGGCGGCGGGUGGCCAGAACAUUCGGUUCAUUACUCUGAAGACCAUGUACACGUCUGCUAUGGAUGGGGGACGCUAUGAGGAUGCUGCUAGGAUCUGGCUGGUGAACCAGCUUGGUGCCACCCUCUUUGCCAGCAAGAGUGGUGGUUACCACACUACUGUCUACUGGAUCGGGAUGCUUGAGGACCUCGGUCGCGUGUCGGAGUACGCGUGGGGUGCGAUUGCGCUGGCUUCGUUGUACGAACAGCUGAGUCGUGCAUCCCGCAGGAAGACAGCGCAGAUCGGUGGGUUCACCUCCCUCGUGCUGUCAUGGGCGUAUGAGUACAUAUCCAGCAGCGUCAUUAUCAGGACGGAGGUCCCCGGCUACACACAGGACCAGCCUAGGGCGCAGCGGUGGUCCACGUCUCGGAUCGCGCAUUCCGGACUCGAUGAGAGACGAGUCAUGCUCGAUGAGCUUACAGUGGAUGAUAUCACAUGGACCCCUUUUGAGGACCAUCGAGAUGUUCGACCGCGGGAUCCCAGGGCCCUCUAUUCCAGCUACAUCCGAACACCUUACGGCCGGUCUGUGAGCCGACAUCUACCAGAGCGGGUUGCGCCAGUAUUUGGAGGCAAGAUCACUGUGCCAUUCCCACUGGGGAGCAAUAGUCGGCAUAGGAUGUCCAGGAGUUAA